AUGAGCGGCAAGUCGCGCAUCAGGAGGAUCCUGGUCUGCGUCGACGGGACCUUCUACAACCCGGACGGAAAAGAAGGUGAGAAUCGCCACCACGGCUAUGAGAACAUCCCCCCGUCGCAAGCUGUGUUAACCGCGAAUCGCAUAGGCAAGGGCGCCGGCAACAACACCAAUGUCUUCCGCAUCUUUGCCUCGGUGAGGUUCGGCAAGUUUAUCGAUGAGAACGGCAACGAGGUCGAGCAGAUCCCGAAAUACUUCCCCGGAAUCGGGCUCGAAAAGCCGACGUUGACAAAAUACAAGGACGGCUACUCAGGGAGUCCCUGCAAGGACCUUAUCGAGGAAGUCUUUUACUACUGCUGCACUCAGAUCAAGUCGAGCGAGGACGAGGUAUGGCUGUACGGCUUCAGCCGCGGAGCAUACGUCGUUCGAGCGGUGGCUUCUCUGCUGCACAACAACACGCUCAAGGAAGAGGCCGCCCUCGCAGCAGACAAGUCGAUCUGGAAACGGAUAACACGCCUGGGUCCUCGGAAAAAGAACCCCGCCGGCGAGGGCAUGAACGGGCAGAAGUUCUUGCUUGGCCAGGAGAACGGCCGCGAACCCCCGGUGAUCAAGCUGCUGGGUCUGUUCGACACGGUCAAGCAGUACAAGGACGACGACGAGUUCGACAUCUCCCAUGUCAGCUCCAUAAAGAAUGUUCGACACGCCUUGGCAAUGAACGAAGCAAGGCCGCCGUUCCAACCCGUCAUGUACGAAGCCCGCGAUGAGACGAGUCUCGAAAAGCGAGAGGGGUCGUACCUCCAGGCCUGGUUCGUGGGCGCCCACGGAGACAUGGGCGGCGGCGGCGUCGACGACGGCCUCUCCCUGUACCCCCUCCAGUGGAUGCUGAACGAGAGCCGGGACCUCGGCCUGGUACUCGAGUACAACCCGCGCCCCCAGCUGAAAGAUCUUAUCCAGGACCCUUUGAAGCUGGCGUUCCCGAGCCCGCCGCCGCUCAACCUGGUCGUCGAUUCGAAGCAGCCCGACGAGCCUCAGCCGUGGACGUACAGGUACUCCAACGGGGUCGAGGCCACGAUGUACGAUCUCCGGCGGUCCCAUCGACACGGGAAUCUGCAGGCGAUACUGCAUAACAAACUGAAGAAGCAGGGGCCGCGAAGGGCCACGCACAACGUCCAGCUGAACCGCAGCAUGCUCGGGACCUUGACAACUCUCGGCAAGAGGAAGGUGUUUGAUACGGCAUCUCAAAGCCUCGAGGGAUACGAAAAGACAUCCGGCGACGUAACCAUCAUACACCCGUCCGUCUACUUUCUACUGGAUACGUACCCCAUGCUCGGAAUCAAGGAGGCUCUCCAGGGUUUUGGCGAACAGCUGAAGUCAUUCAAGAGGGACUCGAUGACGUUUGUCUCGAGCGAGCAGGACAUGCCCUUCGACCCUUGGGUCAGAGACAUCCUCCCGGAACACUCGACCUGCAGGAUCCUCAUCUGUGGCAAUACCGGAGUCGGCAAAUCCACUCUACUGAACAAGGUGUUUGGCUUGCCAAUGACCCAGGAAAACUCAGACCAGAGAGGCGAGCACAACAUCGAGGACGGCUUCGAGUCGGAUCAGCACCCGGGCAUCAUCAUCCACGACUCGGAGGGGUUCCAGGCCGGGAACAAGAAGGAGUUGGCCGUGUUCAAAAAGUUCCUGAGGAAGCGGGCCGAGAGCAAGGACCUACGAGAUCAGCUUCACGCGAUAUGGCUUUGCAUCGACACGGACACCGAUCGUCCUGUGCAGUCAGCUCUCGCCAACGUCCUCCAGGAGGUGUCCAAGAGCGCGCCCGGGACGCCGCUCGUGAUCGUGGGAACCAAGAAGGACAAGUUCCUCAAGCUGCGCCGGCUGGACGAUCACUCCGAAAAGACGGCGGACGAUGCUGGGAAGAAAGGACAAGAGGAGGUCGAACAGGACCUGCUUUCGGUCCGAGAAGCCCUGUUCAGGAGCAAGUUCGAGACGGAGGCCGAGACAUGCGAUAUAUGGCCUCAACUGAACGCCAAAUUCGCCUUUGUGUCCCGCUACGACCAGCAGUCCAUCAAAGAGCUGAUACGCAAGACGACGGGCUCCUUUGGCGACGCGGUGACGUCCGAGGCCAUGAUCGCCGCGCAGAUCCCCGACGUCGACGCCAAGAUAGACCAGGCGGUCGAGAAGACGCUGCGGCUCCUGCGGACGGCGGUGAACACGGCGUCGCUGGGCGCGGGCCUCGGGCUCACGUCGUACGUGGCGACGCCGUCCAUCUCGCGGCACCUCUGCCACGAGAUCGCGCACGGGUGCUUCGGCAUGCCGGCGGCCAAGGUGGACGAGGUCAACUCGGUGCUGAGCCGGCUCGUGUGGGCGAACCUGUCGUCCUUCAUGGCGCAGACGCUCGGCCAGUUCAGCGUCAUCUGGGGCGGCAUCGCGUUCCUGACGGCCACGACGGUGGUGGGCAGCAUCCCGCUCAUCGUCGGCGCGCCGCUGUUCGAGGCGCCGGCGGCGGCGCGCAUGGUCAUCAAGUGCGCGUGCGACAUGAUCCUCAUCCUCGCCGACGCCUUCCGCGCGGGCGGCAAGAGCGCGAGCCGGGCAGCGAUCGAGGCCGCGACGGCCGCCUACACCAAGAACCGGAUCCCGGUGGCCGAGGGCGGCGGCGAGGGCGGCCCGGGGCCGGUGGGAGGCGCGCGCGUGCUCCGGUCCCGUCGGCGGCUCGUGCACCAGGAGGUCAACAAGCUCAUCCCGCUGGUGUCGAGCGUCGCCAUGGAGGCGCUGCGCAAGAGGAGCGCGUCGGUGGCCAUGGGCGCGUACCGGCAGAAGAGCGUGUCGGAAUACCGGGACGGCAUGACGAGUAUCCUGGCCAAGUACGGCAGCGCGAGUCACGAAGCGGCGGCCACUGACGGGCUCGAGCUGGACGGGGCCGACGCUGCCUCCAUCGGUUCGGCCACGUUGUACUCGGAGUCGGCAUACUUUGAUAUUUCCGAGGACAAGGAGGAGAUGAAGCAGUUCCUGGGUGAAAAAGACGGGGAGGAGGAUGUGGUGGUAAACGAGAGAGGGAAGAUUGGGCCGCAAAGAGUCGAUAUUCAUGUAUGA